CCACUGGCAGCCACUAUAUGAGUGAGAUAGACUUGAUUCUUUCUCUGGCUGUAGAAUUGACAUAGAACUAGUUUUUCUUCCCAAGGCCCAAUUCUUAAUGAUUGAGGAAAUGCACGCUCACAUAAUGGGAAAAUCACGUAUAAUCCUUACGAGAAAUCUCCUACUUUCCUGGAAGUGCGCCAGUUCGAGAAAUAUCGUUGAUAGAAUGAAUGCUCUUACGCGCUAAUGAAUGAUGACUUAUUUAAAGAAUUUCUUGAUAUCUUGCAGAAUGGUUUUCAUGCUAAUCUGAAUGAAUUUCAACUUAUGCGCUAAGAGAGACUCUGGUGGAAUCAAACCAGUCUCUUGGGAAAAUAAAAUAGAUGGCCAAUGAGGUGGAGACAAACUUAGAAAUGGAUGGAUCUCUUUGUCAGCUUCUUGUUUGAGAAAAAGAGUAGUGACUCGCUGGAUUGAGAUUUCUAGGAAAAAGAGUUGCGAACGAAAUCCUACACUCCCUGUAGGUGGGGCUGGGCGAGAAAGGGUCCCCUCUGAAGCCUAUAAGUUAGUAAGCAGGCCAAAUAUUCCACCGGGGUCUUUCUUAGCAAACUCAUUGAUGGCAGUACCUAACUAAAGAAGAAUAGCGCUCUUUCUUUCUUUCAAUUACGUUUCUUGAAUGGUUCUGCACUUAGAUCAGUCAGUACACACGAAACCCUUUAAUCAAGUGAGUGCCACUUUAACUCAGCUCUUUCCUAGUGAUCUUGAUUGUCCCUAGAAGCAUCUCUUAUUUUCAUAUAGAAAUUCCAUGGUUUUGUGGUCGACUGCACAGUUGAGAGAGAAGUGCUAUUGAUUUAAAGAAAUCCUCUUCUAGAUCGGGUUGGAGUCGAGUUGCCAACUAAAUGAGAUCACAGUAGGUUAGCCUCUGCAGUCGAAACUAUCUAUGCGUGCGAUAAAGUAAAGUAAAGUCGGUCAAUCGAUUAAACUAUUUCUGUAUAGGGGCAGCCGGGCCGUAUUAGCAAGCGUGACGUGCCGGACUGACCCAGCACGUCUUUCUUUCCUGGCAACAGAAGAUGCACAAAGUGGUUUCAGUAGCACUACCGAGUUCGCAUCAGCGAUUUUAUCACCAAACAAGCAACGGAUUGAGCAACUAGCGCUAGGCGCAUCCUCUUGCUUGGAAUCAAUGGGUUUUGUCAAUGAAUUAAUCUAAUCUACCGGCAUCGGAGGGAGCUGGAGGAAAUAACACUUUUUGAUGGACGGGAGCGGGAGGGAGUCAAUUACAGAAAGAGUAGAGACGGAUAUGGGGACUGUAGCUCCGACCAUGUCAACUAUGAUGCUCUCGCUGCUGCCAGUCCUUUCACCAGUGAAUGCUGUCAUGCGCUACUUCCCGAACCUCCGUGUCUAGGUCCUGCCGAAAAAGACUGCAAAUGAUUUACCAUCCAUCCCACUCAUAUAGGUACGUUAUCGGAUUUUUCGGAUCGGGAAAUGGAUCGAACCGCGCGAAAUGGUCGCCUCGGAAUACAGUACAGGGCGCAACGGAACCAAGGUUCUUUGUUGGCGUGUUGCGUAACAAGGGCAAGAGGGGGUGGAAGCGUUCGCCGACUUUGAUAGGCAACGCAUUGCAAGCAAAUAGAGCAGAGAGCUGACCCUUAGUUUCUAUUAGAGUCGCGAGCUUGUUGUAGUCGGUCCUAAAGGGAAAACCUUGCAGCUUACUUGCUAUAUCCCCGCGUCCUUGCACGGCUCGUUUUCUUCGAGCCCUGCUUCUCCCUUCCCCCUCUCCCCAGGAACCGACCGUUUGGAGUAUAGCCAAGUGGUAAGGCAUCGGUUUUUGGUACCGGCAUGCAAAGGUUCGAAUCCUUUUACUCCAGAGCAUACUUACUUAUUCUAGUUCUAGAAAAAAAAAGAAAGUAUCAUCCCUAAAUGAAAGUAGAUUUACAUUCUUAUUCUAUUUCUAGGGGGAAUGUUGAGGCAAACUUACGAUGCUGACAAGCUGGUUAGGUGCCGAGUUGGAUUAGACAUCGCAGGUUUCAGUUUAAGAAUUGGGAAGAGGUUAAGAACCUAGUGGAAUCCACUGCGAGGGGAAGAUUAGGGUAGAUGAGUACCGAGCGGAAGAAGAAACCUAUCACGGCUAAUUCCGUGGUUCAAGAUGUGGUUUCCUGUGCGUACCUUGAGCUGCUGGAGGAAGAGGACGGGUGGGAUGCCUGUAGAGAAGUGCGGUCAGAAACCAAACCCAUUGACUUCUUAUUGUUCUUUAGGGUGAAGUCAGAUUCGUAAAACAAGGCAGCAGAUAAGCUAAGGCGAUACAUAACUCUCCUCAGUUUAGAAGACGAUAUCUUUCCCCCUUAAACCUCAAGGAAGAGAAGGGCUAAGCAUAUACCAGUGUUUUCCCAACGGCACGAAGCGAAUCUUGCAAGCCCUACGCCUAGAUUGAUAUUCACAAGAACUACUACGUACGGUAUUCACAAGAACAAUAAGUUGAGAGGAGGAGCAAUAAAACAGGACGAAAGCAGUGGGAAGAAAGCGAUGCCCGGGCGAUGGUAGUACGAAAAGCUCGACUCCUUUGGAUUCCGGAUUAGAAGUAGCUCCGGCUGCGGCUAGAAGGCAGUUAUCAUAAUUUGAGGAUGAUGGAUCAAGCUAGAUCGUAUUAUAAAGGAACGAGGCCCAUCUAUAUCUAUAUCUAUAGUAGGUGGGUCCCAGCUCUUUUUUUCACGAGGGUCAGUGCUAAAGCUCCUAAGUAGUCCACUAUACAAUAAAAGAAUCGAAGCCAGAGGAAACAAGUGAAGGUGGAUCAGCGAUUCCUGCUCAGGUGGUUCCAAAACUAUAAACUAUUCCUCUACUCGCUAUGCGAAAAAAACCUGAUAAAAUAAGUAUAGUCUAGAUCGUACUCAUGAAACUCAUAUAAGAACAAGGUAUUGAAAUUCAUCUUUACAGAUCGGAGGAAGAGUAGGUUAUUCAGCCCGAGACUCGAGAUGAUCGAUCUUGAAAUGAGAAGAGAAGGACCCACCCAAUAAAUAAACUAUUCCAAUGACUUUGUUCGCUUCCCCUGAGGCAACGGCUGUACUCGGCACACAGACCUGGCUUAUGAGCAGGAUUUUUCAGCCAAGCCAAGUGCGUAUGGUUGCUACCUGUAUUCUGAUAGGCCACUUAAUGACACUGGCUCCCAGUUAUUGACUUAUGAAGAAUGGCUUCUCGAUGGAAGAGAAACAAUAAUAGGAAAAUAGGAAGCUGCAAUCAGAACCGGCUAACUAGACAAAAGGAGAGAGAUUGGCUCAGUUCAGUAGGAGGAAUUUCUACCGAUUAUUGAGUGGUUUGUUUCCUUUCCCCUGAAAGGUAAAAUGGUUUAUUUGCACCUGUAGUGGGACACCUCUCCCAGCUCCCAGCCAGGGUUCAAGCAGGAAACUAUGUUAAGGAGCUGAUCCGAAUACAGAUACAAGGCCCCCACUCAUCACAACGAACGGUGAGCUUUCCCACUAGCCUUCACAGGAGCAGCACAAUCAUGGCCAAAAACAAAAAAAAAGAUAUCGUAGUACGAGAAAACCAAUGGCAUUUCUCUAUUCUAAGUCUAAGUCUAAGUAGUUUCUUCUUUUCUUUUUAGAGGACCUGGCCAACUCUAAUUCCAAUGCUGCAAUCCUAUUGGUUUACUGAAUGAGGGUGGGUAGACCGAAACGCUGAAGUGUUGUUAUUUACUUCCUUCGAUAACAUAGAUUGUCCACUCUUAUGCCCCAUGCAUAAAAAUGGCUUGUGCUUUAGAAUAAAAGAAUAGAAAAAAAGUAGGUGGAUCGGGAUCGCUAUUACGAGUAUUCGAGUUCUUGUUUUCCUUUCCUUGGAAAGGGAAUUAUUUCAUGAGAAGUGCACCGGUAGAAAUUGGACUAAAUAUGAUCUUGAUCCAUAGCUCGUCCACUUUCUUGAUAAACGACUCGAUGCAUUGCAUUUUCUCUUCCUUGCCGCUGAGACAUAUCAAAAAGAUCUAUUACUAAAAGGAGAUUGGGAUCAUCCUGUGGUUACCGGAUGAUGGGAAUAACUAAGCAGAAAUUAGGAAAUGAGCACGAAAUGUCUAUAAAUGAAUUUUCUCAUUAUUUGUUAUUUCCGGGUCUUUUCGUUGCAUUCACUUACAACAAGAAACAACCACCAGCGUUUGGUGCAGCACCUGCAUUUUGGUGCAUUCUUCUUUCUUUCCUUGGUCUUUCGUUCCGUCAUAUUCCAAAUAACUUAUCUAAUUACAACGUAUUAACCGCUAAUGCACCUUUUUUUUAUCAAAUCUCAGGGACAUGGUCUAAUCAUGAGGGUAGUAUUUUCUCAUGGUGUUGGAUCCCAAGUUUUUAUGGAUUCCUUUUUUGUUACCGGUACCGGGGUCGACCCCAAAGCCAUAAUGUCUCAAAACGCAGAGGCUAUAGAGAAACUUUUAUUUUUUCCUUUGUCUCGAACUUCGUGAAGAACUCCAUUCUAUCUCUCCAACAAAAAAGUGGAGCUGCGCCCCAGUUGUACACUCCCUUCGUUCGGAGAACCCUUGUUGAUUCUGAACUUCGUUCGCAAAGUAAGCGUCCUUUUAACGGGCCAGCCCUUUUUAAUGCGCCGCUUGACCCAGUUUUGAAAAUGAGCUUUGCUCUUCUGGGCGCUGGGCGCUCCCGUGGUUCGCGAGAAGGAAAAAGGACUAAUCUUUUGUUACAUCUGGCACGAGAUGAAAAAGAGAGAGCUUCGUCUAUCGAUGAACAGCAGAUUGACGGAGCUCUUGGCAUUGCUUUGUUUUUCUCUCCUUUCCUAUCAGCGAGUUCCGAUCCUUUUGUUCGAAAUUUCUUCGUUCGUACCGAACCGCUUGCAGAAUCAAAUCCUGUUCCACAAGAUCCUAUAUCAGCUAUACAUCCUCCUUGCAUUUAUGCCGGAGACGUCGCCAGUGCUAUGGGCUUUGGGUUAUGUAGAUCAAAAAUGAUGAAUGGGAUUGUGGCACUCCACUCGCCGCCAAUGCGGAAGGAUGCCGCCGAAAAGAAUGGAACGCUGCUUCGCUCUGCUGGAUGCGUCGGAUCCCAUAUAAGAAGCUCGCUCUUUACCCGAUCAUUCAAACAUUUUGUGGGCGGCGCGCCUGCUCUAUUGUUGCGUAGCAAUAGAAGCCUGCUUCGGCGGCGCUUUUUCGCCUUCUCUUCGCUCUGGACAGGAGCGCUAAUGGACACGGGGAGGGAGCAGGCGAAGCGUGUUGUCGUUCGUAAUGGAAAGAAAGACACCACUACUUCGCCUCUUUGUUGGACCGCCGGCGCGAACACAGUGGUCUCUGACCAGGACCAGGAACCAAUUCGAAUUUGGAUCUUGACAUGUUGGUUGUUUUUAACCGUAGGCAUCUCGCCAGGAAGUUGGUGGGCUCAUCAUGAAUUAGGUCGGGGUGGCUGGUGGUUUCGGGAUCCCGUAGAAAAUGCGUCUUUUAUGCCUCGGGUAUUAGCCACAGCUCUUAUUCAUUCAGUAAUUCUACCCCUUCUUCAUUAUUGGACCUCGCUUCUGAAUAUUUUGACUCUUCCAUGCUGUGUCUCAGGAACCUUUUCAAUACGGUCCGGAUUGCUAGCUCCCGUUCAUAGUUCUGCUACAGACGAUACACGAGGAAGAUUUUUAUGGCGGUUCUUCCUUCUAAUUACAGGCAUAUCUAUGACUCUUUUUUACCAGAUGAAGCAGGUCCGUAGAACCUAUAAAAAAGAGAUGGUUGUGGCGCGAAGUACUCUUGUGCACCUACGUCACCCGGCUCGCGCGCAACCCCGCCCCGUUAUGUUAUGGAAGAAUUUAGCUUCUUGCUGGGCUGGUUAUUCCGAGCCAGCAACUGGCUGGCUGCCGGAUUUCGUCCCGUCCGUAGCGCUUCGGAAGUCACUCUGGCGUGGCGCUGCUGGAUACUUCUGAUCAAUAGGAAUAGGAGGAAAAAAAAGCUUAUGAUGAGCAUCUAUUGGAGUCGAUCAUUUCCAAGAUCUAAUUCGAGUUUCUUAUUAUGUAGUGGAAACGCCUUACAAUCUUCAGUUUUACGCUUACGCUUAAGGGAAGAAAUGUUCUUGGUGGAUGCAGGCCUUGGUACCCCAAAAAUUUGUAUGCAAGAUGAGCUUACAGGACUGCCAAUCAAGCGAGCCACCAGGUUUGAGAAUAAGGUGGGAUCCAAGAAUGUAGUGGCUGGUGAAUCACUGAUCAAAAAGCGGAUUUUUGAGAGAUUCUUCAUCGAUCUAGUGGCCGGUGAAUCACUGAUCAAAGAGCGAGCAGCCGCCGGGUUUAAUGAUUUUGUGGGAUCCCUGGAUGUAGCGGCUGGCGAACCGCUUCUUCUUCCACAAAGAUUCAGACAAAACCGAGCUUGGAUAGAACUGAAGAAGAUUUGGCGAACGAAGAAAAAGGUAAAAGGGUUUCAAAUUAAUAAAAUAGAAGGAGGUUAUUCAGUAGCCAUCGCAGGUUUCAUUACUUUUCUUCCAUUCAAAGCUAAAAAAAUAAAAAGGAUAGCGAAUGCUCGAUUCGCCAUUGAUAGCUUUAUCCCUAAAAGGAGGGAUAUUGUGAUAAGGCAGAUUCAAACAAGAACUUAAUGACAAGAUAGAAAAAAUUAUUAAUAAUCCGAAGCCCACCUUAAUCCAUUUUGUUGAGGAUCUUGCACUUAUUCCGGCCCUAUAUUUACAUAGCCAAGAAAGGCUCUGGUGAUCAUGCGUGACUGCGGAGCGCCUAUCGCCCUGGCACGGCACUCAAAAAUGCUGGGUUGGGCCAGCAAGAAGACUUCGACUAGGGAGACGAAGAAUGGAAUUGAAGAAGGCAGCAUAGUCUAAGAUAACAGAAUGGAACACCAACCAACGAGUAAGUGGUGGAUUUGGAUGGAGUCUCGCAGAAGAAGAGUACGCGCGCUAGCGCGCCCCAAGACGUCAGUCCUUUUUCUGCUUGCUGGCCAAGGUCAGUUUACUGAAUCCCUUCCAAACACCAACCCAAUCUCCAUUCCUUGAUGGGAAAUGAGCAAGACCAUAUGUUUCUAAAAAAUAUAGCCCCUAUAUAAACCUAGCCCUUACUACCCGAACUUCUGACCUUCAAAUAGGACUAACUGCCCGAACCCGCUUGCUUAUCUUCUACGAUCUAAUUAAGUUAAGCAGUGGUUAUUUUUUUUUUAAGUGACUAGAACUUCUAUUAACUACUAUUCUAGCACCCAGCUGUGCCAUGUGUUUAUUCUAUUUUGCAGGUAUUCCUUUGAAUAACUCAUCUUUUCAGGUAAGAAAAUUGGAAGAUCUUCUUAGUCAUAGUCAGCCUAUCUGUAUUCUUAUCCUAUAGUGCGGAUCCAAUCAGAUUUUAUGAAGCCAAGGCCUGACAUCCAUUGUGGGGAUUUUUAUCGGGAGACAUGGCCUGGUGGUUUCUGAUCGAGAUUCCUAAUCAAUAGGGCGAAGAGCUCUUCGCAUGAUCUGGUCCUACCUUUUUUUUUCUACGCUAUUUUUUUUCCCCUUCUCGGCUGCUGUCCUUACUCCGGAUAAAUUGGAACACAUUGAUUCCGUUCGUUCCUGCCCUUCGCUUCAGGCCAUAGUGCUUCUGAAUUAUUUCUAUACCCCUUUGAUGAUGCAGCCUCUGACUCUCGUGGGUAAACUCCUACUUGAUUAGUCAGAACUUCUCUGUCUCAACUCGUGGACCUAUCUAUCUUCUUCUUUAUAAGAGAUAGGGGUUUGCUAUUCUCACGGAUUGCUCAUAUUUAUUUACCCUACCCCAUUUCAAAGUUUGUGCCUUGUUUCAGCCCGCCCUUCCUUCAUCUGAACCUUCCAGUACUAAUCUAUCUUUAUGGGGAAGACCCCUCAUCUGACCUCCGAGCUACCCUGUCAAUUGUAAAAAGUAGUUGAGUCGUGUCUCGCAGGAGCAAAAAGAGUGAAAUGAGGACGUAAGCCCCCCACCCCAGGUCUUCCUCUUCCUUCUAAACUAAUUGCUUUCGCUUGACUCUUCCAGUAAAAAAGUAUACUGAGUGGUUGAAGGAAAGCGAAAAGGAAUGGCUUUUUCAUGUACCAGAUCCGGUGAGCCAGACAUCAAGCAAAAAUGGACAUACAAUCAAAGAGUAAGGAGCAGUUAUUUGCCGGGUGGAUUGAUCAGAGCUGCAAGGGGAGACUCGGUUAUGGUGCGAUAAAGAGCUUGCUUCAAUGCUCGGAUUCAGGUAGAAAGUAAGAGCAGUAGCAUAUUCAUAGGAGAGCUUUGUACUUUAAAUUAGUAGUCCCGGUAGUUGGAAAAAAGCUCUGAAUACAGAUUCAAAACAUCAAGAUAGGUAGUCCGAUCAUUAGUUGGCCAGUCAUAGCAAUUUAAGUAGAAAGCUAGCUUCGGGAUCAGAUCAUUCAACUAAAGCUGUCAGGCCGGGUAGGCUUUGAGGAACAUUGGGGGUUCCUUAUGUUGUGACUGAGCAGAUAUGUCUAUUGUGCCCGGCAAAAACGGAUUUGCAAGGAGUUUGCCAAAGGCUUUCUCAUUCGGAAAAACAAUUCAAAGUAUAUUUCCCUUCUCCAUUCUCUGCUCGGAUGAUUGCCGCUUGUGUGAAUUUCAUUGCUGCGGGUCCCGCGUGUGCUCGAAUAAGAUUGUUUUAGGAUUCUAUUUAGUUGAAUUUAUUGACUCCGCGGUGCUGGUUAUCGAGUUUAUGGCGCCGCCGACCAUCCAAUCCAAUCCAAAAAGUAAAAGAUGGCGUCGGCAUUUACUUAUUAUGCUCUCUUCUAAUAUAAUAGUGGUCCCCCAGGUUGGUAUUCAGGUUGUAAAAUCCUGAUAGGAAAGAGUCGACUGUUAGACCUUGUUUUUGUAAUGGCCUAUCUUCUUUAAAAAGCCGAAAGAUAAGGAUUUCUAAAAACUUUUGCGUUCCGGAUGCUGGUCUCAUGUUUGAUCUGGUAGCGAUUAAAGAAUGAAUCUUGCUCUGGCGAUCAUGGUGGGAUUGGUACACCUCUAUACGCUGUAAAAUGAAGGUACUCUUUAGUUCAUGCUACGACCGCCGAUUGUUCCUGUGACCACACGCCGUACCAACAGAAAACUAUCAACCUAUCGGUAUGGUUUGUUGUUCACGUGUUAUGAUCUCGCUCAUCAGAUUGUUCCCCCCUCCCCUGGUCAAUGGCGGUGAGUUGAUUGACCAAGGCCUUCCCUUACGACGAUGGAAUUUCUUCCAUCGGCAAGACUUUGUUUGUCUCCUUCAACUUUAAUGAAAAGCCUAGUCUCUCGAUACUAACUAAUUAGUUAGGAGAGGUGCUUACUUUUCUUUUGUAGUUAAGGAUUCAUACCCCAUCCCAUUCCUUUUUCUUUUCAAAGAAAACCUUACCAUUUGAGUUUUGGGCCGCUGUUACCAUUUCCAUUUCCGGAACCUAACUAAUACUUAGUUGUUUCCAUUUCCUCAUCUGGUGAUAGAUCCUCAUCUUCUUCUGGCUCAAAUCCCUUUUUCAUAUCCAGGGCAGGCUUUAGGUACGCUUUAGUUUUAAAUCAUUAAAGAUAUGCUCGACCUCGUUUAUGUCCAUGGUACCAUCGUACGUACCUUCUACUAUCAACCAGAUGAGAUAGGGCUUUGAAAGGUCAGAGUCAGUCUCCUCUUUCUUUUAGGUCGUUUAGCAGUUCCCCAACCAGCUUUCUCCCCGAGAAAGCCUUCCUGAGAUUAAAAGAAAAAGGUUUGAAGGUGGGAUCAGUGAUAGUUCGGAACCAGCAAAGGGAGGCUGAAAAGCCGUAGUGCUAACGCACGCCCUGUAGUUUUGAAGCAGGCUUCGACAGCUGCGAGCUCCGCGUCGAAAAGCGAAGCGAGCCGCGCUAGCGCGCUACUCUUCCUUUAUGAGAUGAGCGAGACUCUAUCCAAAUCUACUGAUCUAAGAACUCCGCGAGCGAACUGAGCGAGCCAUGAGGCGCCUAUCGGCAAGGCUUGGAAAAGCCUUAAGUUUAGGCUUAGGCUCCCUUCCUUCACUGAACUGAUUCACCCGGGUCCAAACCUGCUGAGCUAGCUAAUUUUUCCUUUACGAGAUCUCGGCUCUUCGGAAUGAUUGGAGAGAGCCCCGCCUCCUCUUGGUUGGUGCCGGGCCCGGGACUACUUCCUGAAAGAGCCUUUCGUUCGGGCCGGCAGGAGGGGCCCUGAUCUAUCAAUUGAGGGAGCAAAAAACAGGCUUUGCUCCCCUUUUUUUAAAUGAAGAAAGAAAGAAGGGUCGAAGUUUAGACCGCUCACAGUAGUUCUACCCAUAGAAAAGAUCAUGAAAGAGGCGAUCAGAAUGGUACCCGAAUCCAUUUACGAUCCCGAGUUUCCAGACACAUCGCACUUCCGCUCGGGUCGAGGCUGCCACUCGGCCCUCAGACGGAUCAAAGAAGAGUGGGGAACCUCUCGCUGGUUUUUGGAAUUCGACAUCAGGAAGUGUUUUCACACCAUCGACCGACAUCGAUUCAUCUCAAUCUUGAAGGAAGAGAUCGACGAUUCCAAGUUCUUUUACCCCACUCAGAAACAGUUUUCCGCCGGACGACUCGUAGGAGGUGAGAAGGGCCCUGACUCCGUCCCAAACAGUGUACUACUAUCGGCCCUAUUAGGCAAUAUCUACCUACACAAGCUCGAUCAGGAGAUAGGGAGGAUCCGGCAGAAGCACGAAAUUCCUCUUGUAGUGAAAAUAAGAUCGGUUCUAUUAAGAAUAGGUCGUCGUAUUGAUGACCAAGAAAAGUAUGGAAAAGAAGCAAGCUUCAACGCUCCCCAAGACAACAGAGCCCUCAUAGUGGGGAGGGUAAAGAGCAUCCAACGCAAAGCGACCUUUCAUUCCCUUGUUUCGUCGUGGCACACCCCCCCCACAAGCACCCCCAGGCGAAGGGGAGACCAGAAAACGCCUUUCGUUUUCCCUCCUUCCCUAGCCGCCUUCCUUAACAAGCCCUCGAGCCUCCUUUGCGCCGCCUUCCUCAUAGAAGCCGCUGGGUUGACCCCGAAGGCCGAAUUCAAUGGUAGAGAAGGCUUUAAUAAGAAUUUGGCCAUGAGAGACCUUCUUAAGUAUUGCAAAAGAAGGGGCCCGCUGAUAGAGCUGGGCGGGGAGGCGAUACUAGUUACCAGGUCAGAGAGAGGCCUGGCCCGUAAGCUGGCCCCCUUUAAAAGCCAUUCCUUAUUAAUAAGGAUUUGUUACGCGCGAUAUGCCGACGACUUACUACUGGGAAUCGUGGGUGCCGUAUUUCUUCUCAUAGAAAUACAAAAACGUAUCACCCACUUCCUACAAUCCGGCCUGAACCUUUGGGUAGGCUCCGCAGGAUCAACAACCAUAGCUGCACGGAGUACGGUAGAAUUCCCCGGUACGGUCAUUCGGGAAGUCCCCCGAGGACGACUCCCAUACAAUUCUUGCGAGAGCUGGAGAAGCGUCUACGGGUAAAGCACCGUAUCCAUAUAACUGCCUGCCACCUACGCUCCGCCAUCCAUUCCAAGUUAAGGGACCUAGGUUAUAGUAUCCCUAUCAAAGAGCUGACGAAGGGGAUGAGCGGAAGAGGUCGUCUACUGGACGCGGUUCAACUAGCGGAGACUCUUGGAAAAGAAAGUCCCCAAGUUAGCGUAUUAUGGGGGACCGUCAAGCACAUCCGGCAAAGAUCAAGGGGGAUCUCGUUGUUGCAUAGCUCAGGUCAGAGCAAGGUGCCAUCAGGCGUUCAACAGGCAGUCUCACGAUCGGGCAUGAGUGUCCUGAAGAAUAAAUUGUAUACUCCCUUUGGUCGGAAGGCGGCGGGGGAAGGAAGGGGACACUGGGCGGGAUCUUUCAGCAGCGAAUUCCCCAUACAGAUAGAGGCGCCUAUCAAAAAGAUACUCCGAAGGCUUCGGGAUCGAGGUCUCAUUAGCCGAAGAAGACCCAGGCCAAUCCACGCGGCCUCUUUGACCAACGUCAGCGACAGAGACAUAGUAAAUUGGUCCGCGGGCAUCGCGAUAAGUCCUCUGUCCUACUACAGGUGCUGCGACAACCUUUACCAAGUCCGAACGAUUGUCAACUACCAGAUCCGCUGGUCCGCUAUAUUCACCCUAGCCCACAAGCACAAAUCUUCGGCGCGGAAUAUAAUCCCAAAGCACCCCAAAGACUCAAAUAUAGUCAAUCAAGAAGGUGGUAAGACCCUUGCAGAGUUCCCAAACAGCAUAGAGCUUGGGAAGCUCGGACUCGGUCAAGAUCCGAACAACGGCGGAGCACUCAACUACAUGUUUAAUAAGUAGUUGUCUUUUUCUAUUUUGAUUUUAGCGAACAGGCGUUUACAUGAGAUUAGUUGAGUAGGCUUGCCUUAGUUGUCUGCUAUAAGAUAAGAUAGCUAGUUGUGGUCGAAAAAAAAGGCUGAAGGCUUCGCUAUCGCUCAUGGCUUGUAUUGUAGUCGUAGUCUUGUAGUCGGCCCUCCAUGCCUCUUUAGUCUUUCUAAUCCUGAGGCCUUUUUCCUUCAUUCAUUUUGCGGUAGCUUACGCGUCAGAAAAAGGCCUCCUUUCCGGCCCGGAAGAUCGCUUCGCUUCUGGCGACUAGCUUCUACCCACAAUGGCUGAAGCUACCUUGAAUCAAUCAAUGAAUGAUUCGUAACCCCGGGUUCGAGGACCCGUUGGUCAAAGGAAAGGGGGGGGCCCUGAUUCCAGGACGGAGCCGUAUGAGGCGAGAGUCUCACGUACGGUUCCUUUGAGAAGGGUGUGAUACCACCACCUAUCAGGCCCGACGAGCGGUCCACGGAGCUGCAUCCCUACUCACCCGGUCUAUGCACAUCGCUCUUUCCAGGAGGUUGGCCGCCUAUCCUAGAUCUUCCCAUUUCCAAGAAGAUCCCUUGUUCGAUCUGGUUUAGUAUCAAGGUUCUUCUUUUUCUGUUUCUAUAUAUAUGGGUCCGUGCUGCAUUUCCACGAUAUCGUUAUGAUCAAUUAAUGGGACUUGGCCGGAAAGUGUUCUUGCCUCUAUCAUUAGCUCGGGUAGUCCCCGUUUCAGGUGUUUCAGUCACCUUUCGAUGGCUCCCUUAAUGUAUGUGCCAGGAAGUUUCUUCUGAAGGGGGCUACUCCCCGAAAAUGCCCCGCCCCUUGUUCGUUUGUCGUUGGGGAUUCA